AUGUCCUUUAGGUCACUCGGGUCACCUGAACUCCAGAGCAGUGAGCUUGAUAUGCGUAAACGUCGAAAACCACUACAUCGAUUUCAAGCACGGUCCCUGCCACAAGAACUGGUCGACAUGAUCAUAGACAUAUUUGGAAGCAAAUACGACCGCGACGCACUCAAUGCCUGCUCACUCGUCUGCCAUGCGUGGUUACCACGUAGCCGCUCCCACAUCCAUUCCGCAGUUCGUCUUGACUAUACAAGCAAUCUCGAGCACCUACAAGCGCUCUACACAACCUUUCUUGCCAUCUAUGUUCGAAGUCUGAGCAUCGAUACCUGUGGCUCAGAUGGCAUGCCGGCAGACCAGAGUUGGGUUGACAAGAUGCAGCCGUUGCUGGCAAAUGUGACAAAGGUUGAGAGGCUCUCGAUCGAGGGGAUUGCAUGGUCUGAGCUGGAGGAGAACACGAGGGCGCUAUUUUGCACGAAGUAUCCCGGUGUUACGGAUCUUUGGCUCGCGACAUGCGACUUUGCGGACCCUGCGGACCUCGUACACCUUCAUCAGGCGUUUCCGCUGCUUAGCAGCGCCCGUAUGGAAGGUGUCUCCUCCGAUGAUAUUGUUUUUGAUCACGCACUUCGCCUCAACUCAGAUACCCUGUCACUUCGCUGGCUCGACGUCGGGGAUCUAUGCACCUCCCCUGGCGUUCUCGCGAAAUGGGCAUUCUGCUACCGCAAGCAAGUUUCAAUCGAGAACAUCCAUUUCACUUGGGAUUGUGGAGAUCUUGUGGACCUAGGCAAUGUACUACAGAUCGCUGGAUCUUCUGUAAAGACCCUUUCAAUCACUAUGGAUAGUCGAGUUGACGCAGCGACGCUGCCCCAAUACUUGAAUCUUUCCCGCAGCACAGGCUUGUGCUCGUUCCGACUCCUUGCCCGUAUCGAAGAAAACCACGACGAUACCACGGAAUUCUUCUGGAUUCCAGAUUGCAUUGCUCAGCUCUCCUCCCCCAGUAUCAGCAUCGUUCGCGUGCACAUCGAGAUACGGGCGUUCCUCCAGCUAUCCCACGUGAAUUGGACACGCAUCGACUCUGUUCUCUCAGACACUAAAUCUCUUACCAGAGUCGAAGUUUGCGUGAUAAGACGAUGGGAAGCUAGCGAUGAGGAUGAUAAACAGGCGCUAGGUACAAUCACGUCGUCCAUGCCGAAGCUCAAAUCGCGCGGUAUUCUAGACGUAAUGCGGCAAUAUUCGUGA